UUCCUGGUCACAAACGGUGCGUUUUCAUUCUGUGUCUUAAUUUUGCCUUUCGUUUCCGCCACCAAAUACCAGUCUUUUUAUUUUCUUCUCUGAACCCGUUAACCGUCUUGUUCGACAUUGGCCCUAAAAUACUUGAUUCAGGGAAAAGCAAGGAGCCACAGUCCCAGAAUCCAUGGAAACGCAGUAUGAAAAACUCGAGAGAGAAGACUCUAUUACCGACAGUUCCUCAGAAGAUGAGGAGGAGGAGAUAGAGAAGGAGUUAGCAGAUGUAACGUUUGAGGAAUUGCAGAAAGCACGCUCGAACGGGGCACAUGCUUUUUUUCAGAAACCCAAAGAUGACAAAAAGUUAAAAAGGGCCAACAAGAAUAGGCCGAUGGAGGCCAGUAGCAAGAAGCCAGUUUCUGCUUUUAGAGAGGUCAUCCAAGCUCCAAAGAAGGUUGUACGUGAUCCACGAUUUGAAUCUCUCUGUGGUACACUUGACCCUGAUGGGUUUAAGAAGAGGUAUAAUUUCUUAUAUGAAAACGAUCUCCCUGCUGAAAGACAGGGUCUGAAGAAGCAAUUGAAAAAGUAUAAAGAUCCGAAGCGCAUAAGUGAAAUAGAAGAACGUAUAUCAUGGAUUGAUAAACAAAUGAAGUCUGAUUCAACGAAGAAUAUUGAUACAGAAAUAUUGGCCAAUCAUAAAAAGAAAGAGAGAGAAGCAACAAAGCAGGGGAAACGUCCCUUUUAUCUGAAGAAAUCUGAAAUACGGAAACAAAGGCUGAUUGAGAAAUAUAAUCAGCUCAAGUCAUCUGGCAAACUUGAAGCAUUUGUGGAGAAAAGGAGGAGAAGGAAUGCUGCCAAGGACCACAGAUACAUGCCGUAUCGUAGAUCUGGUGAUGCGGAAUAAAUUUUGUAGCUUUAACAUUCUUUCUUAAGCUAUAAUUAUAUACUGGAAUAUAGCACCAAAAAGAAAAGUAUCUAUGUGUUUUGGCUGCCCAGCUUUGGGGAUUGAAUAUUGUCGUUUGUUGAUGGCAUUUAUUAAUUAUUAGGGAAUGGAUUGGUGACACUAGGCUACUAGGCAGUCUUUUGUUAUGUACUUGUGGGAGGGAUGCCUUUUCCAUUAUCAUUAGGUCACUUGUUUUAGGCACCGUUUGUUUAAGAUUUUUCUCAGAAAUGAAAAUCUGAAUUUGAAAAAA